CGAGUGCACGUUCCGUAUUGUGCGUGCCCGUGGACGGUGCGUGCAACUGCAGCAUCAGUGAUGAAACAUUUCGACCUUAAUCCGUAACGAUGAUUUCUUCGCAGGCAAUGCUGCUUUGAUUUAUGGUGUGAUAUAUGUGUAUUAUGUACAUUUGGUGAAAUGCACCCUGCUUGGAUACCACCUACUUUUGGACUACGCCACCGUAUCACUCUGCCCUGAACCGCAGCACAUCAGCAUCGGCACAGCUGGACAGCGGGCACCUUUGAAGGCUGAUCUCUGGAAGCUCUCUGAGCUGUAAGCAGGCUCCAGAAUGAGUGGUCUUUUUGCCAAACUGGACCCACGGCGGAUCCAUUGGGGGGCCACCUGGCAUACCUUCCAGUCCCGCGUCCUGCGCACAAAGCCGGUGGAGUCUAUGUUAGAGAGCACAGGCGGCACUGGAGCUCAUGGCACUAAACUGGCACGUGUGCUCUCCACCGUGGACCUUGUUUCUCUGGGAGUGGGAAGCUGUGUGGGUACGGGGAUGUACGUGGUAUCUGGACUUGUUGCUAAGGAAAUGGCAGGUCCUGGGGUCAUUGUGUCCUUCAUCAUCGCUGCCGUGGCCUCCAUCCUGUCAGGUGUGUGUUAUGCUGAAUUUGGUGUGCGAGUGCCUAAAACCACAGGUUCAGCUUACACCUACAGCUAUGUGACAGUUGGCGAGUUUGUGGCUUUUUUUAUUGGCUGGAAUCUGAUUUUGGAGUAUCUGAUCGGCACAGCGGCAGGAGCCAGUGCACUUAGCAGUAUGUUUGACUCGCUGGCCAAUCACAGCAUCAGUGGCUUCAUGAUCAACCACAUAGGGACGCUCAAUGGACUGGGUAAGGGUGAGCAGUCGUAUCCUGACGUCCUAGCCCUCGUCAUAGCCAUGCUUGUGACUGUGAUAGUUGCUUUGGGUGUGAAGAACUCAGUGGGCUUCAACAACGUGCUGAACGUCAUCAAUCUGAUGGUGUGGGUCUUCAUAAUGAUUGCAGGACUGUUCUUCGUCAGUGGGAGCAAUUGGGACGAGGGACGAUUCCUGCCUUAUGGCUGGUCAGGGGUCAUGCAGGGUGCAGCUACCUGCUUCUAUGCCUUUAUAGGAUUUGACAUCAUAGCGACUACUGGAGAGGAAGCUAAGAGUCCCAACACCUCCAUCCCUUACGCUAUUACUGCCUCUCUGGUCACCUGCCUCACUGCCUACGUUUCUGUGAGUGUGAUCCUUACUCUAAUGGUUCCCUACACUGAAAUUGAUACAGAAGCUCCACUGAUGGAAAUGUUUUCUCGACAUGGCUUCCAAACUGCCAAAUACAUAGUGGCCAUCGGCUCAAUUGCAGGACUUACAGUCAGUUUGUUGGGAUCCCUCUUUCCUAUGCCAAGAAUCAUCUACGCCAUGGCAGGAGAUGGUUUGCUCUUUAGGUUCUUGGCCCAAGUAAGUACAUACACAGAGACACCUGCAGUGGCCUGCGUGGUGUCUGGGUUCUUCUCGGCUCUGAUGGCUCUGCUUGUAAGCCUGAGGGACCUGAUCGAGAUGAUGUCCAUCGGCACUCUGCUAGCCUACACGCUAGUGUCGGUUUGCGUGCUAUUGCUACGCUACCAGCCUGAAGGAGACAUCCACGGUUUCGUCAAUUUUCUUUCAGAGCAGAAUUCAAAGCGUAAAGAGGGGGUGUUGGCCGAGUGCGAGAAGGAAGCCUGUUCGCCGGUAAGCGAGGGUGAUGAUUUUGGAGGACCUCCCACAAACACCUGUGGAGCAAAGAACCUCCCUUCGCUAGGAGACAAUGAGAUGCUGAUUGGCAAGCCUGACAAAUCCACCUACAACGCCAGUCAUCCAAACUACGGCACCGUGGACAUGUCCUCAGGUAUCGAAUCGGACGAGGCGGACAGCGUGUACCUGCUCAAACUGAAGAAGCUGCUUGGCCCACGCUAUUACACCAUGCGCAUUCGGCUCGGCCUGCCGGGCAAGAUGGACCGGCCCACUGUGGCAACAGGUCGCACCGUCACCCGCUGUGUCAUUCUGCUCUUCAUCCUCAUUUUCUCUUUCUGUUCCCUCAUCAUCUUCGGGCCGGGUCAGAUCGCAGAGGGUCAAUGGUGGGCCGUGCUACUGCUGGUGAUACUGUUGCUAGUCAUGAUGCUCUUAAUCUUCAUCAUCAUUCAGCAGCCCGAGAACCCCAAGCGUCUGCCCUACAUGGCUCCCUGCGUUCCCUUCGUCCCAGCCUCUGCCAUGCUGGUGAAUGUUUAUCUCAUGCUCAAGCUGUCCAGCAUCACUUGGAUCCGUUUUGGCUUGUGGUGCUUUGUGGGUGUUCUGAUUUACUUUGGGUACGGCAUGUGGAACAGCACCCUGGAGAUCACGGCGCGUGAGGAGGAGGCCCACGCUAGCACAUACCAGCGCUAUGACACGGGUGUGGAUAAUUUUGCAGCUGAUGAUGACCUGCAUCCUAAAGAAGACGCCGGCCAGUUCCAAAACUGGAGCUCCCAAGAGGGAAGAGGGGGCCACCAAAAAAAGCAACACCAGGAGAAGCCCGAUGUCCAGGACAAGGCAGACAACAACAGGACCUCACAUAGCAGGGCCAAAAGCAAAGCUCCCAAAGCCAGUCAAGGCUUUGAGGCGCUGGUGGUCGAUGAUGAUUUGGACGAUCCUCUGGAAUGAGAAUGUCAUUUGAUUGUACUUGUCCGCCAAUGACUCCAGAACACUUGGGCUAGGUUGUUAUCUCUCUGCAAUUAAUAUUUAUAUCGUUCCCAUUUCUUCAUUUGCAGCCUUUUAUUCGCAAUUGGUAGGAUUAUCUCAAUGGUUAGGGUUUAUUUAAUAUAUCUUUCAGACGCAUUAUAAAACGUUUGGAUGGUUUUCAAUAUUACCUAGCUCCUAAAUAGUCCUGAGUUAAAGUUGUAUUUAGAGUAGUGAACUCCCUUAAGUACAAUGGCUAGCUUGAAAUGUAUUGUCAUCUAGCGGGUAGUUUACAGCUGCCCUGUCAGCUAUCACAGUCCCUUAGCUUCCACUGAAACAAGCCUCAAAAUUGAGAAGAGGGUAAUUGUGCUUAGGUCUCGUUCUGUAUGUGGGGUCUAUUUAAAACCAGCCGAAAUGUUGCCAUUGAAAGCCCGUUCCUGCAAAAGUUCACUUUAAAACAAACCAAUUUCCACAAAGUUGUUAUUUGAAUGAGUCACCCCAGUUGUCAUCAUGUUAACAUCUAGCCCAAGUGAGGUUUGGACCAUAGGUUGUCACAAAUAGUAAUUGGACUUUGCUUGCAAUAGUGCCUUCAUCUGUUAAUGUGUGAUUUAAAUAUGUCCAUCCAAAUGUCCAUGCUUGUUUGUUUAGCAUUUUCGCAUUUUCGUUUGAUGUUGAUGUAAGGAGGCAUCUUCAUGCUGUAGAUUUGUUUCCCGGUCAAGGUUCUUACACGUGUGCCUGUCAGUUGUCAUGUUUCACCGCUCCAUCCAUUUUAUGCCAGUGAUUCCACUUCAUCCUUGCAAGCAGGCAGCUCUGUGUAAAAACCAACAGUCUGACCACAGUACGAUUUGUCUUUCAGAUGGUUAGUGUAUAUUCCCUUUGAAAAAAGACAUAGGCAAACAGAGGCUACAUGAAGUGCAUGUAGUGGGGAGCGUGUUGUGAAUUUUUAUCUGGGUGUGCUCUUCUGCUGUUCCCUCCCCCAUGAUUCACGUGGCGUCCGACUGAUUUGUCCAAUCCAACUCCAUCUGUGAUGCAGUUGUGCCAGCCGAAAAGUCAAAAAGAAAAACAGAAGACCAAGCCAGGCCUCAAAUCCAUUCAUAUUUACAAAUGCCAGUUCCAAAUCAUGGGAGGCCUUUGUGUUAACAAUUCAUUGAGCAAAUCAUGCCCCAUAGCUUUUCAUUUUUCUUCCUCUCUUGUUUGUAAUAUUUAGAAAAAUAGACGAUUGAGAAGCUUGCUGUCCCCUAGGCUCUCUGCAUAUAUUUGCUUAGCUUAGUGUAUAGAGCUGUGUUUGGGGCCUGGAUUGGUUUGUUUCUUGCAUCUAGUCUUUGAUGUGAUUAUCUUUGUUGCUGUGGCAUUUUGCUGAAUGUGUAGCAUGUUACAGACAAACAGGGCCCAGAGUUAAACUGUGUUCUUGAGCAUUUGCAUGUGUGGUGAAAGACUUGAUGUAACGCUCAAAUGUAGCAUUCUGAGAAAUAAGGAAAGCAGUCUGCCCCCCCAAACAGAGCGGCCUGUUCUUACAAAUCAAGCCAAAGUCUGCGACCUCUUUGUGUGCUGUAUCUGACAUAAGACACCAUUUUACUUCUUUAGAGUAGAGCACCAUAUAAAAGCAUUGAGGCAUGAGAAAGAAAUCGAAGAGAAAUAUUUUUCUACAGGCAUUACGAAACUUCGGGUUAUCUGCGGGGUAGCUCAUCCACCGCUGGUGGUAUUUUGUGGGUUCAGCAGAACUUCUAAAGAAAAGUUGGGUAAGCGUAUAUUUUUAAUGACAUCAUUCUAGAAUGAUCUUCGAAUCUGCCUAGUAGGCUUGAUGAGGGCACGGUUAACCAAGACAAAAAAAUACAGUGCAGAUAUAUUUUGUUAUUAGGAAUCUGUAUGAAAAAAACGAAAAGGUUUCCACUACUGCUUUCAAAGUCAGCUACUACUUGUUAUUUGUCUUUGCGAAAAGGUACAGUGUUUGUACUUUGUAAGCUAUCUUUCCUGCUAUCAUAGUUUGUUUGAUAUUUGUUCAGGAAAUGUGGAGACUGGCUUCCCCUGCAAAUCUGAUAUUUGUUUCUGCUGUAUAUUUUGGUAUGAAGUGGAUGUAUUCUGGUUUCUGAUUUUUUGUACGAAUCUAUUUAUUAUUUCUUCUUCUUGUGGUUUGCUCUCCCGUUGCACUGUGUAAUGAGAUGUUAAUAUUGCUUCCAUGCAACAAUGAAAGUCAUUUAUUGCAGAUCAGAUAAGACUCUUGAUUUUCCUUU